CAUGUCUGGCCUGUUCCCGCAGGCACGUCAUGUCAAAGACCUCGCGGAAAUUCUCUACGAUAAGAAAAAUCCUAUAUCAUCCGAGGCAUGCCGAUGGAAAUGUAAACAUCCUGACAUAUCAAAUUUCACCGGUAAUAUACCAGGACUGUUGUACUUCGACGCACAGUUCUUCAAAGUUCACUACCGACUUGGACAAUGUAUGGACCCCAUGGGCAGAAAGAUUUUGGAAAUGACCUAUCAGGCGAUUUAUGAUGCUGGUAUAAAUCCGCAGCAAUUGUCAGGAAAGAAAGUGGGUGUGUACAUAGGAUCUUGUUUCUCCGAGAGCGAGAAGGCGAGUUUCUACGAUGCCGGUACCAAAACAGGUUUUGGAAUACCAGGGUGUUGCAAAUCAAUGUUUGCGAAUCGAAUAUCGUACUGGCUGAAUGCAAAAGGGCCCUCCAUGUCCAUUGACGUAGCAUGCUGCAGCUCCUUCCUUGCCCUGGAACAGGCGUGUCAGGCUAUAACGCGUGGAGAAUGCGACUCUGCCAUCGUUGGAGGAUGCAAUAUUUCACUUCAUCCACAGUCAUCAUUUCAUUACUCAAGAAUCGUAAAGCUAAGCCCUGAUGGCAAGACUAAAUCAUUCGAUGAAAACGCUGACGGCUGUGUCAGAUCUGAGGCCAUCAAUGUGCUUUACCUUCAAAAGGCAAAAGAUGCAAAACGAAUGUACGCCGAGGUCGUCCACAUUAAAAACGAGUUCAGCCAUCUUUUAGAAGGAGAAACUGGUCCGCAGUAUGGUUUUAAUCGGGAUUCGAGACUUUUAACUGAUUUCAUAAAAACUUUUUACGAUGAAGCAAAAGUGCCACCUCAUUUUGUGGAAUACGUUGAAGCUUUUGGCUCGGCUACACCGGAAUCAGAUCGUUCAGAGUUAGAAGCGCUUGAGGAAGUAUUGUGCAAGAACCGUCAAAGCCCAUUACUCGUGGGCAGCAUCAUGUCCAAUAUUGGCUAUAGUGAGGCUGCGUCUGGAAUAUCUAGCGUUGUAAAGGUGUUACUAAGCUAUCAGAGAGGCGAGAUUGCAGCAAAUUUGCACUGUAAGAAUCCAAGACGUGACAUUGCGGCUCUACGAAACGGCAAGAUGGAAAUCGUGACCGAACAUAAAACAUUCAGGCGGUCAUACGCUGCUGUCAAUGGCAUAUCUGUUACUGGCAUCAAUGCCCAUGUUUUAUUGAAAGGUUAUAAUAAGCCUAAGGAUUUGUCACGUUAUAAAUCGUCGAUUCCCCAACUUGUAACGAUCUCAGCAAGACAAGACACAUCUGUGCAGAAAAUUAUUGAUGACCUCAAGUCUCGGUCUAUAGACGAAGAAGAACUUGCUUUGUUACGUAAUAUACACCAGCUGUCCGUUUCAGGACAUUUGGGGAGAGGAUAUUCUAUACUUAGUACGAAUGAGAAUGGAGAAACAAUCAGUUUAGCAGAAACAGUCAACUAUUUUGACGAAAGCAAACGUCCGCUGUGGUUCGUGUAUAGCGGUAUGGGUUCGCAAUGGGCGGGUAUGGGAACACAACUUAUGCGUAUUCCUAUCUUCGCGGCUGCUAUUGAACGUUGCAGCAGAGUUCUGAAACCGAAGGGUGUAGAUAUAAUUCAUAUUAUUACAUCAGAGGACAAAACAAUCUUCGAUAAUAUUCUUCAUUCAUUUGUUGGAAUUGCAGCUAUUCAGAUCGGCCUUACUGAUAUUCUUACUGCUUUAGGAUUGGUGCCUGACAAUAUCAUUGGUCACAGCGUUGGUGAAUUGGGCUGCGCUUAUGCCGACGGCUGUUUCACAGCGGAAGAGAUGAUACUUUCAGCGUACAGCCGAGGUCUAGUGUCUGUUCAGACUCCUUUCAUUCGUGGUUCUAUGGCUGCUGUUGGGCUCGGAUAUAAUCAAAUCAAAGAAAUGUUACCACCAGAGAUUGGAGUGGCCUGCCACAAUGGGCCAGAAUCUAGCACCAUUUCAGGACCAGCCGAAAUAAUGAAAACGUUUGUAGCUGAAUUGACAGCUAAAGGUGUUUUCGCGAAAGAGGUUCCGUGUUCAAAUAUUGCUUAUCAUUCCCAAUACAUAGCUGAAGCAGGUCCCGGUUUACUAAAAUAUUUAAAUGAAGUAAUCAAAAAUCCGAAGCCACGGUCGGAAAAAUGGUUGUCAACGUCCGUACCAGAAGCGAAAUGGAAUGAGCCUCUCGCUAAAUACUCAUCAGCCGAAUAUCACACCAACAAUUUACUGAAUCCAGUACUAUUUGAGGAAACCUCUCAGCACGUACCGGCAAAUGCAGUGGUCGUUGAGAUAGCUCCUCACGGCCUUCUACAAGCUAUACUCAAGCGGUCGUUGCAGAAAUCUUGUAAACAUAUUCCCCUUACCAGACGAGGACAUCCUGACAAUGUUUUUAUGGUAUUGGAUGCUAUUGGCAAAUUAUAUAUGGAAGGAUUCAAUUCGAAAGUUGAGUUUUUGUAUCCAAAAGUAGAGUUUCCUGUAACGAUGGGCACACCAAUGUUAUCACAUAAUGUAGAGUGGGCUCAUAACGAGAAAUGGAUGGUGCCGUUUUACGCCGACUUGCGUAGAAAAUGCGCUGCAGCUAUUGACACUGUUGUCGCAAUUCACGACGACGAGCACAGCUAUCUAUCAGGUCACGUUAUUAGAGGAAAGAACUUGUAUCCAUUUUCUGCUAUACUCGUCACUGUAUGGGAUGCUCUAGCUAUGAUUUUAAAUGUGAAGCCUCGCAGUCUCAAUAUACAGUUUAACGACGUACAUUUGUAUGCGCAACCGCAACUGCAUGACCAGAGACCUCUCCGGCUUAAAGUAACGUUGCAAAGAGGAAGCGGCCGUUUCGAGGUUACGAAUGACAAUAGAAAAGUAGCCCAUGGAGUCGUACGCAAUACAGUAACAAGAGAUCAGUUAGAAGUUAGAAAACCUUUUGAAUCUGAAGACAAGUUCGAAUUCAAGUGUGACGAUGUUUAUAAGAUGCUGCUGGAAAGAAAUUAUCAGUACAAGGACGAAUUUCGCUCUAUUCACAAAGUAAAUUCAACUUUAACUGAAGCUCAAAUAACGUGGAAUAACAACUGGGUAACCUUUUUGGACGGUAUUUUACAAUUACAUAUUCUGAGACGCUCAUACGAUGAUACUGUUUGCCAGCCUUACCUAUUAAGACAACUUACCUUCAAUAUCAACGAGCAUUUUGAUAAAGUUUUGACUACUGAUAAUAAAAGCGUUAUGCUUGCAAAUAUAGUCGACGAGAAAUUUACAACGCAGUGUGGAGGAGUGAUCAUUGAAGGUCUUCAAUUACGUACGCUGUCUGUUCAAGAUGAAGGGACUACAACAUUAAAGGCAUUGAGGUUUAUACCUCGUUUUUUGUCUCACAAUGAUAUUUCUACAGCAAUAGAAGUCUAUCUACAAAUGGUAUCAGAAGAUAUUAGUAACGAUGCUAUAAAAGCGGUGGGAGUUUUCAAUUCUGAAAAAUAUUCCAAUGUAUCUAAAGUUAUAAGUAAAAUUUAUGACGAUAUACCUGGACUGAUUUUUAAUUAUGAAGAAAUUCCAGGAGAUAAGAUUUUAGAGAUGAGGGACUAUUUUUUGACUGACGUUGAUCUCGUUUUAGUGCAUAAUCUUUCAUCAGAUGAAAAAUUACGUCAAACUCUUUAUCGUGUACUUCCUCGCAACAUGUUCAUUAUAAGCAUUGAAGAUUCUGUAGCCAAUGCUUCACCGUCAGCCUUAUACUGCAUUGUAUCAACACAUGAUCUUAAUAACACAAAAAUAGACUUAAUAAAAUGGAGACCCCUACAGGCAACAUUGGCCACCACUGUGGUCACUGUGCGAUCUGAAUUAGAAUUUAGUAUUUUGACAUCAACAUAUGCGAAACUGCCACAGAAACACAAGCUCGUAGUGAUAUCACCUUAUCCUACAGUACCAGGACUGAAAGACUUUGUGAAGGACAAGAGGAAAGACUUAGAUCAUAAUCAAAUAUUCCUGAUCAUGACAUCAGAAAAGGAAACUCUAGAUCACAUACCUGAAUUGGAAUUGACAUACAACGUGUUAAAAAAUGGUAUCUGGGGAGGCGAGUACUACACAUCAUGGCAAGAAAAUAUGCCGAUCAUGAGCGGGAUUACCCUCCGCAGUGGAACAAUUGGCGACCUAGAAUCUUUAUAUUGGUUAGAAAAAGCGGAACCUGCAGAACCUGGCAUACUGGUGACGGUACAUUAUACGGCUAUAAACAAUCUCGACGUUAUGAAGGCCACAGGCAUGUUAACGUUAUUUAACGAGAAUAAAUCAUCCGAUACUUCUUAUUGCAUGGACUUUAGCGGAGUGACAGAUAGUGGCGAAAGAGUCAUGGGUAUAUUACCAAGCGGCGCAGCAAGUUCUCGCGUUAAAGUUCGUCCAGAAAUGUUGUGGCCAGUGCCAGUGCAUUGGAGUUUGGAAGAUGCUGUUACAGUGCCUUCGGCAUAUUUGCACGCUUUUUAUUGCUACAUUAAAAAAAUUAAGCUUUUGCCUCGGUAUACAAUACUUGUCCACGGCGGAACAGGUGCGCUGGGACAAGCUGCCUUAGCUAUCGCUCUGAAUAAUGGCUGCGAAGUGUUUACAACAGUCAGCGACACACGAAAGAAGAGUUUCUUGAUGAAGUUGUUCCCAGAACUGCAAGAGGAUCACAUUGGUAAUUCUCGAGAUCAUAGUUUCGGUGAUAUGGUGAGAACCAUCACAAAGGGAAAAGGUUGCCAAAUUGUCAUUUCUUGUGUCCAUGGCGAACUAAAAAAUGCUUCAUUAAAAGUUUCUAGUUCGUGUGGUUUUACACUGGAUACAGCGCAAAUUUCCACUGGAGAAGAGUUUAAUUUUGGAAUGAAUAAUUUAACGUGUGACCGAAGUUAUGCAACAGUUGACCUCUAUUCUUUGUUUACCAAUGAUACAUUGAAGGAUUUAAAAAAGCUUCAACUAAUGAUAAGUGAAGGAAUCGUCAAAGGAUAUGUGCGGCCUCUGUCCCGCGUGACAUAUCCUCCACACGAGGCGUCCCGGGCAUUCCGUUUGUUAGCAACCAGUCGCCAUCGUGGCCGUGUCGUGCUACGCUUACGUGAUUCGGUUCCUGUAACACAGCCUGGGCUUUCGUGUUCUCCUGACUCAUGCCACAUAGUUGUUUGUGAUGACGAUUCUUUUGGAGUUCAAUUCGCCAAUACGUUGGUUGCUCGAGGUGCUACAAAAAUUCAUUUACAUACGCAAAAUGUGUCGUCAUAUUUACAGAUGAAGAAAAAACUAUGGGCAAAUGUUGACAUAAAAGCGGAGAUUUCUUCAGGAGAUUUUGGCAAGAGUGACAAUGUCGUUACUCUACUUAGCGAGAGUAAUCGUUUGGGUCCAGUAGAGGGAGUGUAUGUGUUAGCUUCAAGCAUUACUGAGCAGGACGUCAAGAAACUAACGACAUUAGUUCAUAAUCUGGACUGGGCUACUAGGAAGUUCUGUAAGUCCUUAAGAUACUUUGCUAUUGUUUGCUUUGGCGUUACUGUCGGCCAAAAUACAUGCCAUACUCGCGUUCGUGAUGGUUUACCGGCGACAACUCUUAAUUUGUGUGCAUUUAAAAAGAGUGGUACUGAGGAAUAUGCACAAGAUUCAUAUACAUGGAGAGGUGCGUUGCAUACAAUAGAGCGAGCUAUAUGCACGUCUCAGUCGACGUUGCUGGCUCUUCCCUCAAAAAAACAAACUUCGCUGUUGCAACAAAUUAGUAGGCGUGCCAAAAUUAGUAUCUCUGAAGAUACACAAGAUGAAAUCACACUUCAAGAUAUGGGCAUCGAGUUAAGAAAGGUGUCCAUUAUUCAAACGUUCCUGCGAGACGUCUUUAAUAUUUACUUGGAUGACGAAGAAAUUUUGAAUUUGACUUCCCUAAAAAUUCGAGAAUUGGAGGACACAAUAACAGGGAAUAAAUUCAAGUCCGUGCGUGGCCUCGGGACUUUCUUUUCAUAUGUUGACCCUGACGAACUGCUCGCCACAAAUGAAUGGGUCUCCUUGCCAACACGCGUUGAUAACGGCAACAUGAGAGAGGAUGAAUUCGAUGUUUCUAAGAAAUAUAUAUUCAUCAUUCCUGGAAUGGAAGGCCACUAUGCAAGGUUUCAAGUGCUGGGCGAGAGGCUCAUGUUAUCCGCCAUCGUGCUGCAGCCUGGCCUCGACUUAUUACACGAAAGCAUCCGGGAAACUGCUGAGAGAUAUGCCAAAUUUUUACUGAAAAAACUCGAAGUAAAGAACAACUAUUACCUAUUAGGGUACGAAUCUGGAGUUUCAAUAUCGUUAGAGGUAGCUGCUAUCCUAGAAGAACACGGUGUGACUGGCACAGUGUUCUGUGUUGGUGGUACGCCAGAAGAUAUUCAAGCUACACUCUUGGAUCAAAUUAGUGAAUAUGAAACUGAGGAAGCUCUGCAGGAUGCAGUGGCGAAACAUAUGUACGGUUUGAUGUCAGGGAACACUGAACAACUAGACCAAACCCUCGUGAACGUAUCAUCAUGGAACGAAAAGAUAGAGGCGCACGUCAGAACUUUAUUGGGAAAGGUGCCACAUUCAGCGCAGUAUGCUCGAGCGUGGAUCAAGACGGCUUAUACGCGCAUAGCACAAUUGCGAUCAUACAAGGUACAGCCGCGGCAGCUGCGGUCUAAGCUCAUCCUACUUCGAGCAUCUCUCAGCACUGACUUACCCUCGUUCGAAGAAACGACGGCUUUAAUGCAACGCUACUCCAAACAGCCUGUGGCAAUGUACCAGUUACAGGCUCCUCUAGCGGAAGCAACUUAUGACCUGCGCUGUGGAGGGAUUAUAAAUCGCCAUUUGGAUGACGAAACUCAGCAGGCUUACAAGGAAGCCAACCUUUGUGAAACUUACUUGGUAAAUCCAACCAAGUUCAUAGAUUGUAAUGACAUUACAAGUAAUUAAAACCCAAUUUUCAAUAUUUAUUUUACAUUGUUAUACGUACCUAUUAUUACGAGCCCUGUACCUACGGUGGGGUCCGGCUCGGCCUGCGGCGCGUAGUCGGAUUUAGAUUACGGGGUGUGCUUAUGUUCUUCGGUGGCAUAGCUGUUAGUACCUACUAUGGGCGCCUUUUGAGGAGAUUCCGGGUUCUAUUCUCGAUUUGGGCCAAUUUAACUUUGGAAAUUGGAACGAUAAUUUCCAAGUUAGUUCUAUUCUGGGUAUUGCCCUCAGAAUAAUUGUUAUUCAGAGAUUCAUAGUACAGGAAAUUCCCUAAUUUGAGACCAGAUAUUUGAUGUAAUCGUCUGGCAUUUGUUUUCCCUAAAUACCUCAGCAGUUCAGCACCAAUGACUUUUGUUUAAAACAAUUAAAAUAGCUCUUUGAUGGCGCCCAUAAUUAAAUAUUACAAAAAUAUAUUUUGACCACAAAUUAUUAUCAGAUAAUCCUAAAAAUCUUUUCAUGCCAAUUUUUAUCCCGAACAAAGCAAGUUUUUUCAACAGCUAAUUAUAUCGAAAAAAGUACGCUUGUACGGCGGCUACAUGGAAAAAUGGCAAAAACAAAAUUUUUACCCCUAACUAUAAUUAGAAGCUAUGGUAUUUUCAGUCAAAUUACAGCAAAUUUUUAUCUACUGCCAAAAAAAGUUUGUAUGGCAGCCAUAAUGAAAAAUGGCGAAAAAUAAAUUUUCAUCGCGAAUUAUUAUUAAACACUCAUGGAAACCCCGACAUGCCAAUUUUCAGUCGAAUUAGAGCAAAUUUUUAUCUGCCGCCAAAAAACGCUUGUAUCGGGGCCACAUUGAUAAAUGGCGGAAAGCUAAUGUUGAUCAUAAAUUAUUACCUAGAGACUAUUUCCUAGAGAAGCCCACAUGCUAAUUUUCAAAGGGAUCAGAGCAAUUUUUUUCUGCCCACAACGUAGUCCUGUAUGGCGGAUAUAUUUGAAAAUGGCGAAAAACUAAUUUUAACCACAAAUUUUCAUCCGGCACUCCUGUGGAUGCCACAUUUCAGCAUGCCAAUUUUCAGUCGAAACAGGGCAACUAUUUUUUAGCAGCCAUGUUUUGACGAAAAGAAACUUGACACCAAAUUAUGAUUAAGGACUACUAAAACCUCCGCAUGCCAAUUUUCAGUCGGAUCGAAGCAAGUUUUUCUUCGGCCGCCAUUUUGAAUUCGCCAUCUUGAACUUUUUUUCCACACACAGUUGAUCACUGUUACCCUCUAUGACUUUCCUUCCAGCACCUCCUACCUAUCACUAAUAGUUUCCGUGGUUCCGUGAAGACUGAAAUUUCCAUGGCUGCCAUCUUGUUUAUUUGAAUUUCGAACAUUUUUUGCUUUCUGUAGAAAUUGACCAAGGUGUAUCUCAUAAAAGUGCACAAAUAUCCCCCCAUGUAUUAUAGUUGUUGCAGGCCGUUGAUCACUCGUUUACAAUCGGGAAGUAUGCGUUCUGUUUCUACCAGUGAGUCGUAACUUGUAGCUGUAUAGACAUAUACAUAAUAACAUACUGAAAUAUUAUAAGGAAGGUGUGGUUGAGUUAUGAAGAUAAGUUUCUUGAAAUAUUACUUAUUUGACGUUUGCUGUUUCUGUUAUUUUUAUUUUCAAACCACAAUCUCAAAACUUGCUGAUGGAAGAAUUCACUAGCGAGUAAAUAAAGAUGUGCUUUAUUUAAUUUGUUUGUGUUUUAGGUUUAGUGUUAGUUUAUCAAAGAUGUGCUUAUUACAUAAAUUGCAAAUAAAUGCGUGCAUUUUAUUUCGUUCUAAGCAAUUGGAGUCGAUACUGGUUGAUCUACGUAUCCGCUUUUAACACAACCAUGGAGGUAACC